AUACGCAUGCGCGUGUUAAGUAUACGUCAGCUCUUCUCUACUAACAAGCAGCCCAAAAGCUACGUGGCCCUCAUUCCUGUCUUAUCGUCUCACACGACCUCAGAAACAGCAGCUUGAGCACCAUGGAUCAGGUGAUGCAGUUCGUUGAGCCCAGCCGGCAGUUCGUCAAAGACUCCAUAAGGCUCGUGAAGAGAUGCACAAAACCCGACAGAAAAGAAUUCCAGAAGAUUGCCAUGGCCACAGCAAUUGGGUUUGCCAUCAUGGGUUUCAUUGGUUUCUUCGUCAAACUCAUUCACAUCCCCAUCAACAACAUCAUCGUUGGUGGUUAAGUCCUGGUCAUGAAGAACACAAACUUCAUUUCCCGGGGACAGGAGACGGUGGUGCAAAGUGUUUAUUGGGGACUAGAGGGAUGUCAUUUUUACAUUCUGUGUACAACAUUUAUAUUUCGAUGUGUAAAUAAAACAAAUUGAAACACACACUA